CCGGGCAGGCCGGGGCGGCGCCGGGGCCGGGCCGGAGCGGCGCCGGAGCGGAGCGGGCGCGGGGCGCGGGCCGGAAGAUGGCGAACGUGGGGCUGCAGUUCCAGGCGAGCGCCGGGGACGCGGACCCGCAGAGCCGGCCGCUGCUGCUGCUCGGGCAGCUGCACCACCUGCACCGCGUGCCCUGGAGCCACGUCCGCGGGAAGCUGCAGCCCCGGGUCACCGAGGAGCUCUGGCAGGCAGCCCUAAGCUCCCUCAACCCCAACCCCACCGACAGCUGUCCGCUCUACCUGAACCAUGCCACCGUGGCCGCCCUGCCCUCCAAGGUGAGCCGGCACAACAGCCCCUCGGCCGCCCACUUCGUCACCCGGCUUGUGCGGACCUGCCUGCCUCCGGGAACCCAUCGAUGCAUUCUGAUGGUUUGCGAGCGAUCCGAUGCCUUCGCCUCCGCCUGUGCCCUGGCCCGAGCUUUCCCGCUGUUCACCCAUCGCUCUGGUGCUUCCCGGCGCACAGAGAAGAAGACGGUCACGGUGGAGUUUUUCCUGGUGGGACAGGACAACGGGCCGGUGGAAGUAUCCACUUUGCAAUGCUUAACAAGGGCCACAGAAGGUGUGCGCCUGGCAGCCCGCAUCGUGGACACGCCCUGUAAUGAGAUGAACACAGACAACUUCCUUGAGGAGAUUAAGAAAGUUGGAAAAGAACUGGGGAUCACCCCAACUAUCAUCCGGGAUGAGGAGCUGAAGACAAGAGGAUUUGGAGGAAUCUAUGGUGUUGGCAAGGCCGCCCUCCACCCCCCAGCUCUGGCCAUCCUCAGCCACACCCCAGAUGGAGCCACACAGACCAUUGCAUGGGUGGGCAAAGGGAUCGUCUAUGACACCGGAGGUCUCAGCAUCAAAGGGAAGACCACCAUGCCGGGGAUGAAGCGGGACUGUGGGGGAGCGGCGGCCAUCCUGGGGGCCUUCAGAGCCGCCAUCAGGCAGGGUUUCAAAGACAACCUCCACGCCGUGUUCUGCUUGGCUGAGAACUCCGUGGGGCCCAAUGCCACGAGGCCUGAUGACAUCCACUUGCUGUACUCAGGAAAGACCGUGGAAAUCAACAACACUGACGCGGAGGGCAGGCUGGUGCUGGCGGAUGGUGUGUCCUACGCCUGCAAGGACCUGGCGGCCGACAUCAUCCUGGACAUGGCCACGCUGACCGGAGCUCAGAGCAUCGCCACAGGCAAGUACCAUGCCGCGGUGCUCACCAACAGCGCCGAGUGGGAAGCAGCCUGUGUGAAGGCCGGGAGGAAGUGCGGGGACCUGGUGCACCCGCUGGUCUACUGCCCUGAGCUGCACUUCAGCGAGUUCACCUCGGCCGUGGCCGACAUGAAGAACUCAGUGGCGGACCGGGACAAUAGCCCCAGCUCCUGUGCUGGCCUGUUCAUCGCCUCACAUAUCGGCUUCGACUGGCCCGGAGUCUGGGUGCACCUGGACAUCGCGGCACCUGUGCACGCUGGUGAGCGUGCCACGGGCUUCGGUGUGGCCCUCCUGCUGGCGCUCUUCGGCCGGGCCUCUGAGGACCCUCUGCUGAACCUGGUGUCCCCGCUCGGCUGUGAGGUGGACGCCCAGGAGGGGGAUGAGGAGAGGGACUCCAAAAGGCGCAGGCUGGUGUGAGGCCGGCCGCCCCCUGGCCACUGGCGCAGCACAGGGCUCUUUACCUACUUUGCACUGAUUAAUUCUAAGCAGCUGGAAGAUUAUACCUUAAGGUGGGCUUUGGUUUGUUUUUGUUUUGAGUUGUCUUGGUGACGGAAACAGCUCCUUCUCCUGUCUUAGAAGACAGCUGAGGGCUGGCAGGGGCCCCGGGGCAGGUUGGGAAGCUCGGUGGCUGUGUCUCUUGGGGUUGCCUGCCAGCCUCCCCGCCAGCUUCCGCAGACUGUGCUCCCCGCUGGGGCCUCUGCACGACCUCUGGGCCCCAGGAUGCAUGGCGGCCCUGACACCCUUGGCCCCUGGGGCUCCUGCCCCCGGCUCAGUGACCACAGUGAGUGCCUAUCUCUGGCCCCAGGCCCCCGCAUGGCACCCACAUUACAGAGCCCAGGCCUGUGCUCCAGCCAGAGCUGCCACCACCUCCAGGCAGCCCAUCCCUUUGAAAAAAUGGAGGUGACCUGCUUCAGGGACCCAAUUUUAUGGAGCAAGAAGAGUCUCCUCUGACCCCUUGGAAUUUACCAGAGGUCACAUUAAAUAUGGCUGCGCCACACUCGCCCCUGCGCCUCCUCUCAUUUCUCCUGCCCUGCCUGAGAAACCAACCCAGGGGCCUGCCUGCAGGCCAGAGGCUCCGGGCUGCUGCCACCUUCUUCCAGACCAGCCGCAGCUCGUGAGCAUCGUCUCUGUAGAUGCGCGCCUGGGCCUGGGCAGGGGGACGAGGGCUGCCCUGGUUUCCUGAGGGCUCACAGUGCAGACACCAGGGGGGCGCCCUGGGCUUUCUGGGCCCGCCAACGACCCUGCAGCCUGCCGGGAAGGCUAUCCGGACUCUGAGCAUGUGACGAGGUGGACGCUGUACCUGGGCAGGGAAGGAAGAUGAAGUUGGCAGCGAGCUGCUGCUCCAGCUCGCGGCCCACGAAGAUGUCGGAGCGCAUCGUCCGCCUCGUGCAGCGUGUACGUGAUGGAGCAGGCAGCUCAGACGGAGUGCUUGGGGACGAACUUGGCCACAGCCAGGUUGAUGCCGGAUGAUAUUGUGGGGACUGCCUAGAAUGAAACUUGUCCCCUGGUGCAUGACCUCUAAAGGCUGGGGGCCCCUCCCGAUCACAUAUGCGACCCCCAGCAACCUCUAGCCCAACACAUGCUUGUUGACUUUGACUUUGCUGAGUGAGUCUCUGUCUAGAGCUUCCAUUCAGACCAUGUUCCCCGGUGAAUUGAUGUUCAGCAUUUUUGUUUACUUGUUUGUUCUUUAACAGAAGGUUGUUUUGGUUUGAGAUUCAGCAAAAACAUGCACUGCAUUCAGCUUCCUCUGCAUUCAGGAUUCAGUAAAUUAGUUGUUUUCUAGUCUG